UCUAGUAUCUUCUUCAAUCCUUUUCGUUUUCGUAGUUUGUUGGGUUCAAUUCUUUGAUACAGUAAAUGGUGUAAACAUGUAUACUGUUCUGGACUAAUGGUGGUCGUUUUCCGCUGCUGCGUUUAAAACACACUGUUGGGAUAAUUGAGCUCUCAGUUGGGACUUGGGUUUCCGGCAAAUAAGGGGGUUGAUGAUGAUGGAGGUGGGUUUGGUUGAGUUGCUGAGAACUGGUUGGAUCGCAGGGACAUUGCCUAUACUGAUAGCUUGCCUGCCCUUCUCUUGGCUCAACUCGUUUCAUGAUUUGGUCCUGGCCUUUGCCAAGAGAGGGAAGAUCAUGCAAUCUUCUUCAAAGAGAUUCACAGUUCCUCAAAAGUUCUUCUGCCAUUUCUAUGUGCUAGCUGUCGUGUGGACAACCCUACUUCUUGUUACAACCUGGACAUAUGCAUAUAGAAUGGUGCCAUUGAAUGCAGACCCGUUUCUUUAUCCUGCAUUCGCCAACCACUUUACUGGAGGUUCACAUAUCAUUUCCUGGCGCAAGUCUCCAUCAAUUCCUGUAGGGUAUAGAUAUAGUGUCUGGCGUUCAGUUUUGUUGCUUUUGUUGAUGGAAGUUCAAGUUGUGCGGCGCCUUAUUGAGACAUCAUAUGUAUUCAAGUAUAGCUCCACUGCUAGGAUGCACAUCAUUGGGUAUCUGACUGGCCUGUUUUUCUACACAGCUGUGCCAUUGUCACUUUGCUGCAAUAUUUUUCCAGAGGUGUAUAACUUUUCUGUUAAUGGAGUGGCUGAGUUUAUUGUCAAAGGCAACAAGAAUACUCUGCAAGAUCUGGAUUUUGAUGUGUUCGAAUUUAAUAGUUCUCUUCUGAAGCUUGGCUGGUUUCAGUGGAUUGGUGCUGCUGUAUUCUUUUGGGGUUGGAAUCAUCAGCAGCGCUGUCAUGAUAUUCUUGGCUCAUUACGAGAAGACAGUGAACAAAGUGAUGAAUAUGUGAUUCCUCAUGGUGAUUGGUUUAAAUUUGUUUCAUCUCCACAUUAUCUUGCUGAGAUAGUUAUAUAUGCUGGUCUUGUGGUCGCUAGCGGCUGGGCAGACCUCACAAUCUGGUUACUUUUUGGAUUUGUGGUGUCAAACUUGGUGCUUGCAGCAGCAGAAACACAUAGGUGGUACCUUCAGAAAUUCAAAAGUUACCCAAGAAAUCGGCAUGCCAUCAUUCCAUUCUUAUACUAAGUGAAAGUAUAAUAGCUUGUGCAUAGGUGAUUUGAGUGCAAGGCUUAAUAGAUAACUUGGACCAUCCGUUUUUUCGGUGUGCAGAAAUGUGUUUGCCUUCCCUGAAAUUUUUUUUCCUUCAAAUAUGUAUAUCAGCGAGAAAACAGUGCGAGUCAAACAUGGGUUGUAUUAUAGCCUGUAAAUUAGGUAAAUGCAGGCCACCAGAGUUUUUAAACACAACAGACUUGUUAUCUUUCUGUUAUGGGUUACCCAGUCAAUGAAGCUAGGACAAAGAACGGGUGAAACUGUUGACGACUA